GAGAGGGGGCGAGGGGGUGAGCGAGAGAGGGGACGAGGCGGGACAGAGGCCACCGCUAGCCCCCGGAAGAGCAGAGGCAGUCUGGAAGAGAGUGUGAAGAAGAGGAGGCGUCAGUCCCGCAGCCCCAGUGUCGAAAUCAUCUAUGAAGGCAUGACCGUGACCACCGCUAGCCCCUUACGACCCAAACACAACCACAAACGCGACGGCAAACACCGGAGAAAACAACGUCACGACCGCACCCUCCAACGCUCUCCCAUGGUCAUCACUAUAGACAGCGACAGUGACAACAAACACGCAGUCCAAAAGACCAGUCUGGAAGAUGACCGCGCUCUGGAUUUCUCUGACCGUUCUUUGACCGUGCCUGGUCUUCCACUAGGCGGCCACAACCUGGACAUGGGGGUUGAUAUCAGUGAUUUUGCUGUCGAUGUUCUCGACCGUUCUCUGAGCGUUUCGGACCAUAACUCGGACAUUGACCACAAUGACGGAAUCGACCAUAAAACGGAGCUCGAUGACGACUGUGUGGUUGACGUUUCUGUCAACGUCAAGGACCGCGUUCUGAACACAAACACUAAUGCAAAUGCGGUCGACCGUCCCCAGGACGCAGACGGUUAUGUUCUCCCCCAGGUCAAUCUUACCUGUGACCCUGGGGUCGCGACCUCUGACUCUCAUCUCCUAGCGACCAUCCUAAAGGACCUAGAACACAUCACACUCCCUAACCUGAACCCAGACCCUAACCACAGCCGUAAUUCAACCACACCGGACUACAGAGAGAAAGCCAGGGAGAACGCCAGGGAGAACGCCAGAGAGAACGCCAGGGAGAACGCCUGGCCGGCCAGAGAGAACGCCAGGGAGAACGCCAGAGAGAACGCCUGGCCGGCCAGAGACAACGCCAGGGAGAACACCAGAGAGAACGCCUGGCCGGCCAGAGAGAACGCCAGGGAGAACGCCUGGACGGCCAGAGAGAACACACCGACUCCCUGGUCCUCUGAGGGAGAGACUAACUUCAACAGCCCUGUUUCACCGUCAGCCAAUCACUCUCCGAGUUCUGAAUCAUUCACAGACAACCACUCUGCUAGUCCUAUAUCUCCUGUAGGUCACCCUGCUAGUCCUAUAUCUCCUGUAGGUCACCCUGCUAGUCCUAUAUCUCCUGUAGGUCACCCUGCUAGUCCUAUAUCUCCUGUAAGUCACCCUGCUAGUCCUAUAUCUCCUGUAAGUCACCCUGCUAGUCCUAGAUCUCCUGAAGGUCACUCUGACAGUCCUAGAUCUCCUGAAGGUCACUUUGCUGGUCCUAUAGGUCACUUUGCUGGUCCUAUAGGUCACUAUGCUAGUCCUAUAUCUCCUAUAGGUCACUCUGCUGGUCCUGUAGGUCACUCUGCUGAUCCUAUAGGUCACUCUGCUGAUCCUAUAGGUCACUCUGCUGGUCCUAUAGGUCACUCUGCUGAUCCUAUAGGUCACUCUGCCAGUCCUGUACAUCACAACUCUAGUGCAGUAUCACCCAUUGUCCACCAUUCUAACAGUCCUUUAUCAUCACCCAUAGCUGGCUCUAUAUCGAUAGAAAACCCCCGCUUACCUUCUAGCACUGGGUCAUCUGUAUCGGCCAGUCCUGUAUCGGCCAGGCAUGAUCAGGAGGGGCCUGUAUCGGCCAGGCGUGAUGAGGAGGGGCCUGUAUCGGCCAGGCGUGAUGAGGAGGGGCCUGUAUCGGCCAGGCGUGAUGAGGAGGGGCCUGUAUCGGCCAGGCGUGAUGAGGAGGGGCCUGUAUCGGCCAGGCGUGAUGAGGAGGGGCCUGUAUCGGCCAGGCGUGAUGAGGAGGGGCCUGUAUCGGCCAGGCGUGAUGAGGAGGGGCCUGUAUCGGCCAGGCGUGAUGAGGAGGGGCCUGUAUCGGCCAGGCGUGAUGAGGAGGGGCCUGUAUCGGCCAGGCGUGAUGAGGAGGGGCCUGUAUCGGCCAGGCGUGAUCAGGAGGGGCCUGUAUCGACCAGGCGUGAUGAGGAGGGGCCUGUAUCGGCCAGGCGUGAUCAGGAGGGGCCUGUAUCGGCCAGGCGUGAUCAGGAGGGGCCUGUACACUAACACGGUAUACAGCACUGAUUGAUCACCUGGACACACACACUAUUACAUGAACUGCCCCACACACACACACACUUGAACUGCCACACACACACACACACACCAUUUGAAUGUGCUGAGGUUGUUUAACAUUAUUUGAAACCUGUUGUCUUCUACAAAAUGGACUCUUGAAUGAAACUAUCUGCAGGAAAAAAAAAACUAAUAAAAUCACAUUUGACGAUAAAUUUA